ACAGUUUCUCAAAAUGAGAACCUUAUUAGAUGAGCAUCACUGAACUCUUCUGACACAUGCAUGAAGGAUGAUUUGGAGGAACAAGUUCUAAGUUGAGGCACCUAGCUAUAACUGUAUAGAAGGUUUUUUUUUAUUUUUUAUUUUUUAAUUUUUUUAAGCAUGAAAGAUGAUUUGGAGAAACAAGUUCUAAGUUGAGGCACCUGGCUAUAACUAUACAGAAAUGAAUUUAUUUUUUUUUAACUGUAACACAAGGAAUAUAAUUAGCAUCCUAAAAAUUCAAGUUAUGUGAUGGGAUAUGAUAAUUUGGGUUUAUUAGAAUAUGAAUAAUUAUAGCACAUCGUACACAAAUGCUAUAGUGGCAGCCUAUUGCAAAAGAGAGACUUUACUCUCAUGACAAUAGAGGAAAAAUAAAAUCAUUACCAAAUCCUUUGGAUGCUUUCUAUAUCUCACCGAGCUGGAGAAUAUAAUAUCAGAUUCUUCAACCAUUUUCUCAUGCCCUUUUGUUUGUUUCUUUUCAUAAACAUUGACCUACUGGCUACUGUGCUUCCCAACUUGCCUUGCCUUAUAAGCACUCUCUUCCCCCAUUCUCAAACUUUCUUUUCUUUCUCCUUCUCUCCUUUCCUCUCUUUGCUCCCAACUUCAUUCGGACAAUAUAUAACUGAAUAUAUGUCCAUAGGAAGGGAGAUCACAACCUUCGAUGAGAUAGGAAAGAAGAUCAGGAGAGAAAGUGAUGCAUCUGUUGUUGAAAUGGGAAUCAUGGGCACUACUCGAAUUUCGUCAUCAUCGUUUGGUGUUCCUCAUCAAGGGAUGAUGAUGAUGAGUACAACAACUUUGAACACAAUCACACCUUGUGCUGCGUGUAAGCUCUUGAGAAGAAGAUGUGCUGAAGAGUGCCCUUUCUCUCCUUACUUCUCUCCACAUGAACCCCAGAAAUUUUCAGCUGUUCACAAAGUCUUUGGUGCAAGCAAUGUUUCCAAGAUGCUAUUGGAAGUGGCUGAGAAUCAAAGAGCUGAUGCAGCCAAUAGUCUAGUUUAUGAAGCAAAUCUGAGGCUGAGAGACCCAGUGUAUGGGUGCAUGGGUGUAAUUUCAGCCUUGCAGCAACAAAUUCAAUCUCUACAAGCUGAACUCAACGCAGUAAGGACUCAGAUAUUGAGACACAAAUUCAAAGAGGCCACUAGUCCCAGUAUCGUUUCUCCUAGGGGUAUUAUUCACCAUGCAGCUUUGGUUUCUAAUUCUGGGAUGGUGUCCAUUGCUGCGCAACCACAAGCGAUUUCUCCACCACCGCCACCGCCACUACCACCAGUAGCAGCUCCGUCUUCAGUUGUUUUUUCUUCAUCGUCUUCGUCUUCAGCUUCUUCUUUAUACAAUCCAUCCACAAACACGACAGGCUAUAGCUCCAUCUCAAGCAAAAAUGUUCCGUAUUUUGAUUAAAAUGAUAUAUAGUGUUUUAUUAGCCCCUUUUUCUUUGUUUGAUUUCUAUUGCUUAUCAUGUUUGAUUGAUCAACAGAAUUAGUUUUAUCUGAAUGUAUGGGGGUUGAUAUAGUUUCCCUUUA